GCGCCGGCAGUUCGGCCACGUCCCUGGCCACGUCGCGCCCGCUCUCGCCAUCUUCGCCGCUUCCUCUCAGGGGCCGCCGCCGCCGCCGCUGCCUGAGCUGCCGAGCCUGGGGCCGCCGCGCAGAUCGCCGCUGCCGCCAUGAACAUCUUCCGGCUGACCGGGGACCUGUCCCACCUGGCGGCCAUCGUCAUCCUGCUGCUGAAAAUCUGGAAGACGCGCUCCUGCGCCGGUAUUUCUGGGAAAAGCCAGCUUCUGUUUGCACUGGUCUUCACAACUCGUUACCUGGAUCUUUUUACUUCAUUUAUUUCAUUGUAUAAUACGUCUAUGAAGCUCAUCUACAUUGCCUGCUCCUAUGCCACAGUGUACCUGAUCUACAUGAAAUUUAAGGCAACCUACGAUGGAAAUCAUGAUACUUUCCGAGUGGAGUUUCUGGUGGUCCCUGUGGGCGGCCUCUCAUUUCUAGUCAAUCAUGAUUUCUCUCCUCUUGAGAUAUUGUGGACCUUCUCCAUCUACCUGGAGUCGGUGGCCAUCCUGCCACAGCUCUUCAUGAUCAGCAAGACCGGGGAGGCGGAGACCAUCACCACCCACUACCUGUUCUUCCUGGGCCUCUACCGCGCCUUGUACCUCGUCAACUGGAUCUGGCGCUUCUAUUUCGAGGGCUUCUUUGACCUCAUUGCCGUGGUGGCCGGCGUUGUCCAGACCAUCCUGUACUGCGACUUCUUCUACUUGUACAUCACUAAAGUUCUCAAGGGAAAGAAGCUCAGUCUGCCUGCGUAAGUGCCAAAGACCACCGCCAGCAUCUGUCCUCAGGGUGCUCGGACAGAAUUCUUACCGCAGCAAAGGCUCAAGAUGCUUGAUACGGAAAAUUGGAAACUCAGCUCUUCUGUUGCAGAUAGUCAUCAGUGGCUCUGUAAGAACCCAGAGGGAAAGAACCAGAAGGUUUCUGUUUAAUGCAUCUUGCCUUAUCUUUUUUUAUUACUAUGUACAAAGAUUUUUUUACACAAAGAAACUUAAUGCUGUAUUAAUAAAGUGUGUAGCUUCAA